AUGUACCGGCAACAGGUUAUUAGACGUGCCACACGCGUGCGCCGCAGAAAAUAUUUCCUGCUCCUCCUUUUGAUAAUCGCCGUGCUUUGCUUUUUCGCCGUCGCGUGGUGCUUCAGCGGCGGCCGGCGUGGCCAAGAGACCUGCGGGGACGAGGAGACAGGCGUGCGUUACGACGUCGUUUUGGAUGCAGGUAGCACCGGGACGCGUGUGCACAUCUUCCAAUAUCGCCAACUGCGUCUCGAACGGGAGACGUUCAACAGCACGCGCCCCGGUCUUUCAAGCCUCGCGAAUGACGACCCCGGGCGUGUUGCCGAGCUGCUCCAUCCGUUGAUGGAGACUGCGCUUCAGACGGUACCCCCGCAGUACCGCAGCUGUACACGCGUGACACUCAAGGCUACUGCCGGAUUGCGGCUGCUCGACUCUAACAAGGGGGAGCUGCUGCUGCAUGAGGCACGGAGUCACCUCCGCCAGCACCCUUUUGUAUUGGGCCCUGUGUCGAUCAUCAGCGGGGAGGAGGAGGGUGUCGCCGCAUGGCUCAGCGUCAGCUACCUUCUCGGGCGGAUGCCGCCAGCACAGGAACGGGGUGACGCUGCCCUGCCCCGAAUCACUACGAUUGAUAUGGGCGGUGCUUCCGCACAGAUUGUGUUGCCCCUCUCCUCGCGGGAAGUGGCACACUCAGAUCGGAGUGCAAGCAUUUACAUUGGCGGAGCCCCAGUGGAGCUGUAUCAUUGCAGCUUCCUCGGCUUCGGCCUCAAGCAGGCGACAUUGUUUGUGAUGCAGCGGCACCUGCCGGUGUCGUGGCGAUCGACUUUUCCGUGCUUUCCUGCCGGAUACCGGCAGACCAUAGUAGCGGACGGCGAGUCGCCGUUUGACGUGCAGAACGUAAAUGGCAGCCUACAGGACUUCGACACGUGCGCACGCCUCUUCCGUGCCUUCGUUGCGGGGCGCACGACAGAGCAGCGGACAGCGUUUGAAGAAGUUCGCUCGCUUGUUUCAUCACCAUUGCCGUCGACCGUAUCACCACCGCUGAUAUACGCCUUUUCUUACUUCUAUGACCGUAUCCAGCAUUUUGUUACGGAUGCCACCGUUACUGUUGGACACUACAAAACAAUAGGCAUGUCGCUUUGCCGCAGUGGCAGCGAACACAAUGUGGGAACCAUGUGCAUGGACUUAGCGUAUCUGUACACCUUUCUCUCAACUGGCCUUGGGCUGCCAGAUAAGGCGAUGCUGAGGGUUCCGAAAAAGUUGCGCGAUGUGGAAGUUUCAUGGGCUUUAGGGACGUCUCUCCUCUGGUUGAUGAGCCGUUCAUGA